GUCGCUCCACCGCUGCGACGCUCGCUUGCUCCUGCAUCCCGACUCUCCAUCCACCCCGGCCGCCCGCUCCAGCCCGCAACACCCGCACGCACCGCCGUGCCCACCUCGCCGCCCGGACCUUCUGCACUGCGCCCUCUGCGUCGCGUGCUGCACCUGCCCGCGCGCCGGCCUGCUCCACCUGCGCCCGCUGCUGCUGCUGCCUCUGCCGCUGCCGCUGCACCUGCUAGCCUAGCUCGCCGCAUCUCCAUCUCCGCACCCGCACCAUGGGCCUGCUUGACCACGUCGGCUCGGCCGUCGGCGCCACGAAGCACAAGGCGUCCGGCGGCGGCAAGGAUGCCGGCGACCGCCCGCCGGAGGGCGCCGCGGCCGACGACACCGAGGAGCUCGACGAGGAGAGCGGCAACAUCCUCGUCAGCCUCAUCGGGCAGCUGCGGAUAGGCAUGGACCUCAGCAAGGUCACGCUGCCCACGUUUGUCCUCGAGCCGCGCAGCAUGCUCGAGCGCAUCACCGACUUCAUGAGCCACCCGGACCUGAUCUUCGGUUGCGGCGCCAUCGACGACCCUGAGGAGCGCUUCAUCCAGGUCACGCGCUACUACCUCUCCGGCUGGCACAUCAAGCCCAAGGGCGUCAAGAAGCCCUACAACCCCGUGCUGGGCGAGCACUUCCGCUGCUCCUACUCGUACCCGAACGACACGCAGGGCUUCUACAUCGCCGAGCAGGUCUCGCACCACCCGCCGAUCUCGGCCUACUUCUACGUGUCGCCGGCCAACAACCUGCUCAUCUACGGCGAGCUGAAGCCCAAGAGCAAGUUCCUCGGCAACUCGGCGGCCAACUACAUGGGCGGCGAGAACCGCGCCGUGCUGCUCGACCGCCUCGAGGACGGCGAGUACGCGAUCGGGAUGCCCAACAUGUACGCGCGCGGCAUUCUGUUCGGCAAGAUGGUGCUUGAGCUGGGCGACCAGAGCAAGAUCCGGAACGAGAAGAACGACCUGACGUGCGACGUCGAGUUCAAGACGAAGGGCUACUUCACCGGCACGUACAACGCCAUCGCCGGCAAAGUGACGCACAACGGCAAGCACGUGGGCGACAUCAGCGGCAAGUGGAACGAGUCGAUGGAGUACAAGAACAGCAAGACGGGCGACACGCAGGAGCUGUUCAACGCCAAGACGGCCAAGAUCGUGCAGAAGACGGUGCGGCCGGAGGAGGAGCAGGAGGAGUUCGAGUCGCGGCGGCUGUGGGCCAAGGUCACCCAGGGCAUCAAGGAGAAGGACCUGGACAUGGCCACCGAGUCCAAGUCGGCCAUCGAGGACGACCAGCGCCGGCGCGUCAAGGAGCGCGAGGAGAAGGGCGAGACAUGGCAACCGCGCUUCUUCGUGGCCAAGGGCGACAAGUUCUACCCGAAGAUCGAGUGA